UUCCGGUGGAUGAAUGGUUCAUUUCCCCUUUCCUUAUUACAUAGUAGGUAUAGGUUCCCUGAAUGAUCCGGAUCGGUCAUAUCAUCAUCUUUGCCACUUCCUGAUUUCCCGUCAGGUCACAUGGCUCUUAUCCAUUUGGGACGAUGGGGACAGAGAGGGCCAAAAGAAAAACACAUGGCAAGAAGGAGAAGGAUGUUGACAGAGUGGAUCCCAGUUCCAAGAGAACGAAAUGAGAUCCCCACUGUUGGGGGUGUUCAUUCCGCGCCGUUGGUGUGGUGAAAACUGGAUCGCAGCCAUCAAUGGCCGGUCUCAGUGCGGAGGCAGGGUGAUUCACGCCAAUUUCGUCAAACUCCUCGGCAAACUCCCACUGCAGUCCUGGACAGAUUGCUAUAAUAGUGCACAAAGUGGAGAAUGGGUACACAUGAUACACCACACUCAUUGAGCCUUUGUCAUACUUACGCGCCUUUCUCUCUCUCUCUUGCUUGUUCUCCCCAACUAAUGUUGUCGUACUAUGCAUCUCACUGCAUCCUCGACUAUCACAAUCACCCCGGUCUCAGCACCGCCUUUGGCGCCGCUGGUUUCACUACAACGGCUGGUCCACUUGCUCCCACUAACUCUGUUGCAGGAAACCACUGCUCAUCGAAUUCUAUCCCAGCCUCUUUUUCACCACACAGACCCCCACUUGAAAUUACUGCCAUCCUGGGUAAUGGUGUAGAAGUCUACGGAGGCUGUAUCUAUCUAGAGGGUCUCGUCUACGUCUUCUGCAUGGAAAAGUCGUCCUUACCGUGGAACAUGGAUCCCAAUUUUAUCAGUGUCGGUCAAUCCUACUCCACAGUACGGAGAACUCCGCCCACUACCUUAGUCGGAGAAAAUUUUAUUCGGCUACUCUCCAUUGGAUCCAGUGCAGGUUUUUGCUUAGCCUUGCAAGAUUAUUAA